AUGAACGGUCAAGAGAGGGAGCCGGCUUACAAGCGGCGCCGCGUAGCGCUUGCUUGCAAGACGUGCCGAAAUCGAAAAUCACGUUGCGACGGGUCGCGGCCAGCCUGCCGGUCGUGCGUCGAUUUGGGCCAGAAUUGUGUCUACGACCGCCAGGAUGAUAGCAGCCAUGGCGACAUGAACCAAAGGGUUUCCGAGAUCGAAGAUGUACUGAAAGAGCUCAUGGACUGGAGAAAGGCUGCAGAGAACAGCGGCCUACGCUCAGAACCACCACCACCUCCUACGAGCAACUCUUAUCAUCCGGGGAGGUCUGGCUCCGAUGCAGAGACUGAAGCCGAUCAAGGGUUAAGGGUUCCCGACCCCGUAGAUCUGUCCCUCGACGGCAUGACCGUUGUUGCAGACUCUCUGCAGGAGUCUGAGUCAACGUUUCUUGGUCCAUCCUCGAAUAUAUACUUUCUGCGCCAAAUUUCCAAUGCUUUAUCAUCGCCGCUGGUGUCGCCCGGAGUAGAUGAUCGACAUCCUCAGUCCAUGCUGAGUAGGCCACCGUCACCUCGGCCGCGUAUCCGUGUCAUUGCUACUGCUGGCAGUCGUCCAGUGGAUAUGUAUGCAUUGCCGCCCCGUGACCACGGUCUACGGCUUCUGGAACUUUUCUUCUCUGACUCAGGCAUGCUUUUCCCCUACAUCCACCAAGAAGAGUUGUUGGCUUCUUAUCAGUCUGCAUUCAUGCAAAGACCACUCAGUAUUUCGAGCACAUUCACCUGCCUGCUGAAUGCCAUCUUCGCCAUGGCUACCUACCACAGCGUACGAGAUGAUCUCGACCAUCGUGAUGCGCUUGUUGAGUCCGACGUAUUCUAUUCGAGAGCUAAAUUGCUUGCAUCCAAGUUAGACUUGGAACACGCAAAUAUCCAGACCGUGCAAGCGCUUCUACUCAUGCAUCAGUAUUGCUUAGCAACUCAACGAUCUGCCCAAAUCUGGACUUCGCAUGCCGUGACAAUCAGGGUCGCUAUGCAGCUGGGACUGCAUUCUGCAUCGAGACUCGGCACAUUUUCUCCCCUCGAGGCGGAGGUUAGAAAAAGAAUCUGGUUUGGUUGUAUUAUACUUGAUCGCACGUUGAGCACAACCUUUGGGAGACCGCCGGCGAUUCCGAACAAUUUUGUCAAGCUACCGCUUCCAGAAUACCAGACUCUCGACGCGCUUUCAAAGGGAGAGGCCAUGGAGUCAACUGCAUCGGGUCCUGACUUCGGCACUGUCUGCCUCUUUACGGCUACUUCUGACUUGUACAUGCUCCAGGGGGACAUUAUCGCAGACCUUUACGGGAACAACCUAGAGGACGACCCUAUCCUAUCCGAAGUCGAGAUUCUCAGGCACGUGGUCGAUUUCGAACAGAAGUUUCUGGCCUGGAAACGAAAGCUGCCAUCUCGACUGCAAAAGACACCUUGGCUCGAGAAGGCCCGGUGCGAUCCAGCCAAUGCUGAGAGAACCUCCAACUUCGACCGUCUCAGCGUGAUUCUGGCUUUACGUUACCUCAACGCUCGACUACUGCUCCGCCGACCACUUCUGAUACUUUGUCUCAGAGGAAACCACCGUUUCAUGCCUGACGGAGUCCUUUCAAGCGAGAAAAAGCCGUACUUCAACCGACUCGUGAUGCAUGAGAUCAUGAUGUGCGAAGAAGAUGCCAUCGAAGUGAUUGAGAUCAUCUCGAGCACGAACCCAUACCCUUCCCUCCGAACAACCUGGUGGUUCUCCGCGUAUUACUGCUUUACUGCAGCAUUGACUGUAUUCUCAUGCAUACUGCUCCGCAUUCAUUGCAGAAACCUGUGGCAGGAGUUUUCUAUCAGAGACACGACGAUGGAUCUCCGUCGUAGUCUACAAAUGGCUGUCGAGGUCUUCCCCGCUUACGGCAGCAAUGCUACCGCCCAGCGAGCCGAGAAGACCUUGAGGAAGCUCAUGAACCUCCACUCUGAGAUAAGUAUGAAGUCCCCCGGCGUUCAAGCUCUUGCCAAGGCUCUUGCCAACCCUGUGCAACGGAAAGCGAACUGCAUAGGUGAGAAGACAAUAUCUAACAGUCCCGACAGUAUCAACCCAACACAACAGUUUGGAGCACAGGACAGCCCAGCUGCAACCUGCGGCUCAAAUGUAUCCGCACUCAAGCCUGGAGUACGACGCAACAAAUCCAUCUGUCAACGCAGCUAG